CUUCAAGCAACAAUGUAUUGGACAGAAUAAGACAAACGUAUAUAUCGGCUUUUAGCACUUCUCCUCGACCGAGACCUUGAUUUUGAUCUCCUGGUCGCACGGCUUCUUGGGCGCUGGCGUCUUGCAUCCGCCGCCGCACCCGCAGCCACAGCCGCCAUGGUGGUGGUGGUGGUGGCCGUGUCCGCCGCAGCAGCACACCUCUUUGACGACCUCGACCUUCUUCUCGACGACCUUCUCGACGACCUUCUCGACGCACUUCUCGACCGUAAACACGGGCUCAAUCUGGAAAAUACGGCCCUCGAGUACUUUAACAUAGCGUCGAAAUGGGAAGCUGCCACCACUGCCACCACCCACACUUCCACUCAUCUUGCUGGAUCCUGUGCCACGAGCGCGAGGGAUGUGGGUGCAAGUGUGGGUGCGGCGGAAAGCCGUGCGAAAAGUGCCCGGUUCUCAUGGCCAAGCUGGUCGUCGUUGGGUUCGAUCCGUGCUCCGAGGAGGAUUGUAUGUUCAUCCACCGCCUGGUCAAGGAGGAGGGCGGCAAUGCCGACAAGGCCGUCGUGGUCUAUGCCAAAUGGAAGUCUGGGUUUAACAGCAAAUGGCGCUACAAGAACUAGGAGCUCUGUUUUUCAAGACAAAUAAAUGAUUUGAGCCAUGGGGACCACAGGGAUAUGUUGUCCGGGUUAAGAGCGGUUGUUUGGCAAAAGAGACCCCCCAAACAACGG